AUGGUUCCAGCGCCGCUCGGGUUGAAAUCCGUCCCAUCGGUGAUCGACACAGAGCCCUCGGCUGGCAGCCGACAAAGUAAGGCCGUCUCGACGCACUGCCCUCGGUCCUGCCCGGUCCAAAGUACGCCCCAGGACGCGGUCUGCGGCACCGACGGACUGAUCUACGCUAAUCUGUGCGAGAUGAAGAAGAAAACCUGCAGCAAGGCGUCACCGAACGCGGUUUCGGAGGAUAAGGUCGGUUGCGAGCGGUCCAAGGGCUCGCAGUGCAACCACCGCUGUCCGACCGAGAAGGACCUAGUGUGUGGCACCGACGGCCGGACGUAUCUGAACCGGUGUAUGCUGCGUGUGCAGGCUUGCCGGGUCGGAACGGCCGCCGUUUCGCUGGCUCACGUAGGCCCGUGCGCCAACGGGAGCGUGAUCCGCGAAUCGUGCCCCGUGGACUGCAACAGUGCGCCGCAGGAUGGUCCCGUGUGCGCCUCGGAUGGCAACGUGUACAACUCAACCUGUCAGAUGAAGCUCAUUACCUGCGGCCAGGGUGUGGUACGGACGAGCCGGAAACACUGCCAAAGUACACGCAACUGCCGCGAGUCCUGCUGGCGUGUGGCCCGUCCAACGUGCGGUUCCGAUGGGCGGCUUUACGCCAGUGCCUGCAAGAUGCGCGCCUCCAACUGUGGCAAACACGUGUUCGAGGUUCCGAUCUCCUACUGCAUGUCGCAGGAACGAGCCGGCGGCAGCUCGCACAGUGCCAGCAAUAAGAUCGAGGACUGCCCCACCGAGUGCCCAAAGGAUGCCCAGCAAAUGAUCUGUGGCAGUGACGGCAACAUCUACACCUCGACGUGCGAACUGAAGAUGCUAAACUGCGGGCAGAAGAAGAAAAUCCAAGCCCUGACACUGGACCGGUGCAAGCAGAAAAUGAACCGCUGCAAGUCGCUGCCCGCCUGCAAGCAACACUCGAAGAACGGGGCCAGCUUCUUCGGCGACCAGAAGGACAUGCUUUGCGGCACGGACUCGAAGACGUACAGCAACGACUGCGAGCUAGCGCGGGCCACUUGCCUCCGCGGAGUGCAACUGGCGCACAUCGGACCCUGCACGCAACUCAAGUCGAAGGUGGACGUUACCGAUUGCACCAGUUGCACGUACGACGAGGAACAGACCGGCCCGGUGUGCGGCUCCGAUGGCAACACGUAUAAAUCGCGCUGCGAAAUGAAGCAAACGACGUGCGGGCUGCGCGUGGUGCCGGUGUCGCUGAAGAAUUGCGCCACGACGGCGCUGUGCCAGGCCAACUGCGAGAAGCAGCCGACCAGCUACGUGUGCGGCUCGGACAACAAGCUGUACCCGAACGAGUGCCACAUGCGGCGGGAAAACUGCGGCCGCCACAUGUUCCUCGUGCCCCUGAAGCGCUGCCUGGCCGCGUUCACCUUCAAGGGCUGCUCAAAGAUCUGUCCGCAGGAGUUCGAGCCGGUGUGUGGUACCGACGGCAAGACGUACUCGAACGAGUGCUUCCUCAGCAUCGAAAACUGCCGGUCGCGGUCGAUGGUGCAGAAGAAACACGUCGGACCCUGCGGCCGGCCCGAGGAACCCUCGCACAACUAUCUCUACUAAUGCAGCAGCGGCGACCCCAUCCGAACAUUCCGCACACCUC